AUGUGGUCUCAAACUAUCCGUCGUCUUUCAACAUCUGCCUUAACUCGUGUACGUCAUCCUAAAUUACGUCGUUCGACUCAUUAUGCUACAUUGACUGAUAAAGAUGUAAGCUUUUUUGAGCGACUUCUUCCCAGUGGACGUACAAUAACAAAUCCUGAUGAAUGUUUACCUUUUAAUAUAGAUUAUAUAAAAUCAUGUCAAGGACAAUCUCAACUUGUUCUUCGACCUAAAACUGUUGAUGAAGUUCAAGCAAUUCUUCGUUAUUGUAAUGAACAUCAAUUAGCUGUAUGUCCACAAAGUGGAAAUACUGGACUUUCAGGUGGAUCAGUACCAGUUUUUGAUGAAAUUAUACUUUCAUUACGUUUACUUAAUUCAAUUGGUAAUUUUGAUGAAAAUAGUGGUGUUUUAACGACAGAUGCUGGUUGUGUAUUAGAAAAAUUAGAUGCUCAUGUACGUCAAUUUGGACAUAUUAUGCCAAUAGAUUUAGGUGCAAAAGGAUCAUGUUUAAUUGGUGGUAAUGUUGCAACAAAUGCUGGUGGAUUACGUGUUGUUCGAUUUGGUUCACUUCGUUCAGCUGUACUUGGUUUAGAAGUUGUUUUACCUGAUGGUAGUUUACUUGAUUGUUUAACAUCAAUACGAAAAGAUAAUACUGGUAUUGAUCUUA